AUGCAAAGACUGCCAGAAUACUCAAAUAAAAUUAUAAAGAAUAAUGCCUGGGAGGACAUAACCAAAAAACUCUCAGAGGGCUGGGAAACCCUCAAAAAUGAUGAAAAAAAUAGUCGAUGUAAAGAAAUACUAGCAAAGUGGAAACACUUAAGGGACAACUUCCGUUGUGAAUAUCAAGCGCAAAAAGAUGUUACGUCAGGACAAGGUGUAAAAAAGAGAAAAAAAUACAGAUAUUACGACGAAUUACUAUUUUUAGUUCCACACGUCAAAGAUGCAAAAACUUCUGGAAACUACAGCAUUCCAACAAAUGUACCAGAGCAAAAUACUAGAAGCCCAUCAACAUUUAAUACUGAAAAUUCACCCGCUGGACCUUCGACUGCCACUUGUAAUGUUACAGAGACUCCAAAAAAGAAAAAGAAAACUACAUCAUCCUUUGAAAGUGAAAUUUUGAAGGCCAUCAAAAAUGAGUCUGGAAUGGACGAGGAUAAAACAUUCUGUUUAUCAUUGGUUCAAUUACUAAAAAAAGAUGCAUGA